UUCAUUGUUCACCAGUCGGGACCAUGGGGCGUAGGAAACCGGCUAACAGCACUGAUAUCCAGCUUCCUGAUCGGUUUUCUGACAGACCGCAUCGUGUUGACGACAUACCCAGACUUUUACCGCUUUUAUGAUCCUGAUGGUCUACCCAACAUUCACUUCAACACGUAUGCCAAACAGUUUGCAGCUGAUCCACGGUUCACCGCGGAAGGUACGUCACUUAUCGUCCAGUGCGAUUGGGGCUUGCCUGCACUCCUUGCAUCCAGCAACCUUUCUCAAGUCUGGGAAGGCAAGCAUGUUAUCUACCUUUGGUGCCAAGACUACCCUCUUCCCUAUCUACUGGGGAACGCCUUUUAUUCUGACAUUCUGCGCGAUUUGUUUCCGUCAUUAGAGCCGUUCCGUGACUUUGCAACCAAAAUACUGGUGCCUAGCAAGGCCAUGAGAUCUGCAGUGGACAAGUUCAAGAAGACGAACUUUAGGAAGCACAAACAGAUGAUUGGCAUCCAUGUGCGCUUCUUCAAACACUUUCCUGCACGCCAGGUGCCGCUGAGCAUUGUCUAUGGGUCCUUUGCAGAGACCCUGCGGCUAAGAUUGGGCUUACCGGAUCGUGAUGUGGGCUUCUUUAUUGCAUGUGACAGUGAACGCAGCCGGGCAGAAAUAAUUGCGCAGCUGACCGUUUCGACAGGCAAGACGAAGGAAAGAAAGCACAUAUAUUUCCUACCGGGAGACUCGCUGGAGAAGCAUCGUACAUUUGGCAAUCCAGGAACAGAGGAAUCUGCACACACAGACCUGUUCCUGCUUGCCUCUUGUGAUCACCUGAUAGUCACUUUUUCAAGCUCGUUUGGCCAAGUCGCAGCUGGAAUUGGCGGUAUCCCUGCGUACUCUGUGAUUAGUGCUCCUGCAGAGGAGUGGCCAAAGCAUGGUGCUUGGGUUGCUGCCGGCGCAAGUUCGGAACCUUGUCCAUUCCUCAUGAAGAAAGUGAUGGAGCAGAAGUGGCACGAACCAUGGGCCUACAGGUUUAGGACUCUUCCCACAUGGGUCCAUUACACACAGUGCCAUGAAUAUUGCUGCUAGCGAGAGCUCGCAAAAGGCUUGGGCACUAAAUACUUCCAGUCUUAUGCCACCCACAUAG